AGUGAUAGAGAGAGAGAGAAAGAGAGAUAGGGAAGGGGGGAUUGCUACUUUCUCUCCGCUGAUAGAAACACACAGCAGAAGUUGAGAGCGCGCCGCUCCGGAUCUCUUCUGGAGGUUUCGCUGUUCUAAUCACACGCGCAUUCGUUCUGAGCGGAUCCGACGGAGAAUUCUGCUAUGAGCCGGAUGCGACAGAAAGCGUGAUUGAUCAUUGAUGAGCGAUUGAAUGAUUGAAACAUUUAUCCACCUGCAGCUGGAGACGCCGGUGCGCUGAACGCGUCUAGCGGGUUUUGCGCUUUUACGCAUCUGCUGGAUUUGUGCACAGGAGGGAUGUUGAAGACACCUGUCGUGGUUUUCACUUCUUUAUCGCUGCUAUUGUCGCUGUCAUGUGCUGGAGAUGUAAAAUCGCGCAGCUGCAGCGAUGUGCGCCAGGCGUUCACGACCAAAGGCUUCAGUGUCCAUAAUUUGCCACAUCAGGAGAUAUCAGGUCAACAUCUGCGGGUUUGUUCCCAGGGCUACACCUGCUGCACUUCAGACAUGGAGGACAGGAUCGGCCAGCAGAGUAAACUGGAUUUCGAGAAAUUAGUGGAUGAGACCAGCCUCACCAUACGGACGAUAUUUACCUCCAGGCACAAAAAGUUUGACGAAUUCUUUCUGGAGUUGCUGGACAACUCUGAAAAGUCGCUGAACGACAUGUUUGUGCGCACAUACGGCAAACUGUACACGCACAAACUCGGAGAUGUUUGAAUCUGUUUCUCCCUGUUCUCCGAGCUCAAGCGUUACUACACCGGAGGAAACGUCAACCUGGAGGAAGUGCUGAACGACUUCUGGUCCAGACUUCUGGAGCGCAUGUUCCAGCUGCUCAACUCUCAGUACACCUUCACAGACGACUACCUGGAGUGCAUCAGCAAAUACACUGACCAGUUAAAGCCCUUCGGAGACGUGCCACGCAAGCUAAAGGCUCAGGUCACCAAGGCCUUCAUCGCGGCUCGCUCGUUCGUUCAGGGACUCAUGGUGGGCCGGGAAGUGGCCAACAGAGUGGCAAAGGUCAAUAUAUCUCCAGGCUGCAGUAAAGCAUUGACCAAAAUGCUGUACUGUCCGUACUGUGGAGGACUGCCAGGCCUCAAACCCUGUGCCAACUACUGUCAAAACGUGAUGCGGGGCUGCCUGGCCAACCAAGCGGACCUGGACCCGGAGUGGAACCUCUUCAUCGAUGCCAUGCUGCUGGUGGCUGAUAGACUGGAAGGGCCCUUCAACAUCGAGGCCGUCAUGGAGCCGAUAGAUGUAAAGAUCUCUGAGGCCAUCAUGACCAUGCAGGACAACAGCAUGCAAGUUUCAUCCAAGGUGUUUCAGGGAUGCGGUCAUCCCAAAGCAGCUGGAGUGGGACGAUCUGCCCGCGGGAUCUCGGAUGUGUUCAACAGUCGCUUUAGACCCUACAGUCCAGAAGAGAGGCCGACCACGGCAGCCGGCACCAGCCUGGACAGACUGAGGAUUGUCUGGAGGACGAUGCAACACAGCGUGAUCGACAUUAAGGAGAAGCUGAAGGAGUCUAAGAAAUUCUGGUCAUCGCUGCCAGACAGCAUCUGUGCAGAGGACGAAGUGACUGACCCAGAUGAGGAGCAGUGCUGGAACAGUCACACAAAGGGAAGAUAUUUCCCUGAAGUUGUAAAAGACGGUCUCACGAACCAGCUCAAUAACCCAGAGGUGGAAGUGGACAUCACGAGACCGGACACCUUCAUCAGACAGCAGAUCAUGACCCUGCGAGUGAUGACCAACAAGCUGCGAAACGCCUACAACGGCAAAGACGUCUACUUCCAGGACUCCAGUGAUGAGGAGAGCGGCUCAGGCAGCGGAAGCGGCUUCACCACAGAGCCGGAAGUGAUCCAUACGGAGCCGCCGAUGCUGGAAGCAGACAAAAGCGACCCUCAGCCACCAGCAGACGCGGCGGGCCCUCAGCAGAUGCCUUCGCUGCAGUUACUGUCCGCAGUAACGGCCCUCACAUGGCUGCUGCUGCUGCUGCGGUGGAGAUAAUGGCAGUAGGCGGCACGCAGCCACAUGGACACUUAAGACAGACACAGCGUUGCUCGCGCUGUUAGCCUUUCCCUAACUGGACCGGACAUUUUCCAAAAAAAAUAGCAAGAAAAAGCCCAUGAAAAAAAAGAGAGCAAGCUAGUUAACUAGACAUGAGGAGGAAACCUUUGCAUCCUGCUUGUUCCAAAGAAUGCUUGGUGCAAUCAGAAGCCAACUGCUCUCAUUUCUAAAUGAAGUUAAAAGAAAAGCAAACUUUUCGGAUGAAAAGUGGUCGCCGUGCAAAUGGGAUCGCUUUACUUUUUCGGGAAAGAAUGGGAAAAUAUGAAAAUCUAUUUUUGUUUUCCUUUUAUACUGCAUAAAAUGAGACAAAAUGCAAAAUACGCUUUUUUUUUUUUUUUUUUUUUUUUUUUUAAGUGUUUCGCCCCUCCCGAGUUCAUUGUGCGAUAAAAAGCAGACGUUAUAAAGAAAAAAGUACGAAUAAAAAUCUAUAUAAAUCAACUUGUUUAUGUACCACUGUGAGAAUGCAUGGGGAGGUCGUGAGUAAAUGUUUUUAACUGUGAUUUUCACACAAUUUUAAUGCUUUUUCUCUUUUUGUGUGUGUUUUUGUUGUUAUUUUGCUGGGCUGAUGGCGAUUUAAGGUCAUUUUAUAGGACUUCAGAUGGUGAGCGUGAACGUUCAGUUUUACCGAGGGCUGCUCCUGCUUAAAUCAAAAUUAAUGAUCCAUAUCUUAAUAUAUAAAGGUUUUAGUUAUAAAAUGUUUUCCUACAGAGAAAGAUUUAUUUAUAUUUCUUAUAUAAUUAUAUAUUUUGGCUUUACCAGGUAGCAACUUUUAUUCAAAAGCGCGUAUCUUACAAAAUAGCUCUCGCAAAGAAAAAUGUUUGUUUUUGCUCUUUUCAGUGCAAAUCCGUUAAUUUAGUUAACAAAUAUUUUCUUUUUGGAUCUGCCUGAUACAGGCUAUUUUAAAAGAAAUUUCUUACCGAAUAACUCGGUAAUAACUAAGUUUCCUUUUCCCCGUAUGUAAUUCUGAUUUGGGAUAGUUUUUCUACUGAAAAGCCAGUGUUAAGCCCGACUGAUUCAUGUUCCUUACGCUCAUUUAUAUACUCAUCAUUGUAAUCGAUUACAUAUGCACAACCCUCAUUUACUUAUCAACAGCUUUUUCAUUUUUCAAUCUUUAUAUGUCGCUCACCAUAUCAUCGUUUCAUGUAUAUGGUAACAUUUACAUUUAAAAAAAAUAUUUUGUUGUGAAACAACAGGCCUCAUUUAUGAAACUAAAGCAGAUUAAAUUUGUGUGUAAAUAUUAAAUAUAUAAAACGUCUAUUUUAUUCUAUAUUUUGCAACAUGCAAAAUGUUUCUUUGAAUUUGCAUUU